GUUUAAAAGACCAUUCCCCUUUUUCCUCCGCUCAGCGAUAUCUAUCUAGACUUGUUCGAUAUCAAGUGAAGAAGACUACGCACCUCCUCCGUACGAGAGAGGAUGGCAGCCACCUCCAGCAUAUACACCGCCAUGCUUAGAUCCUCCUCCUGUGAAAUAUCUGUGUCUUUUUGGAUUCCGUACGUCUUCUCCUCUGAUCCUGAACAUUUGUCCUUCAUCGUCUCUCAAGUUUGUCCCCUCUUGUGGGUAAUCGGAUCGUUAGCUUUGUGUCUCCCGCUGCAACACAUAUUUCCUCGGUUGUUCGUUCCACGGCGGCGGAAUAUAGAUUCGGAUGUAUUAUCAAAGAGGAUGCGUAGAACGGAAAUACGAUGGGCUAGUGUCUGUUUAAUCUUAACAAGUAUUUUCUUCUUUGUUGGCGCCUUUGUAUUGAUCAUAAAGUUGUACUUGUGAUAGUGUCAGUACCAUCGCACGCCACAUAAGACGGUAGACUGCCUUCAUCCCGCAUUUCAUGUUUGAAGACAAGAGGAAGUCAAAGAGGUUAGAGCUGGCUUCACGAUUCAACAAUUUCUGUCCCAAUGAAACUUCAAACUCUCCAACAUCGAGACCCUGAUGGUACGGCAAUGUCUACGCAUU